AUGCCGGGAGCAGCAGCAGGGAGAGUCGAUCUGCCGCGGACUAAAACAAUCAUCGUCUACAAGAACGGAGACGGUUUCUUCCCUGUGAGAAAUAUUGUUGUGAAUCCGCGCCAUCUGUCAACGCUUGAUAACUGUUUGACAUCUUCGACCAGAAGGACCGACGAGGCUCCGUGAGGCGCCGUGAGGAGGCUGUACACUCACAGAGAGAGCCACACAGUGCAGGCCUUGGACUACUGGAAGCCUGGCUAUUGUGAGAUAGCAACCAAGAAGCCAUAUGAGAAAAAGGAAAAGCAGAUUCAACCUGUUGUUCACAGCAGAGUAGUUUCUGCUCAUUGGGGGAGAACCACCCAGUCUUGCACGCUGAAUUAAAGGAUUUUUUCUUUUUGUUGUUGUGUUUUUACGAACGGAGACGUCUGGGUUGCUCCAGUUUCAAUACGGAUCCCAACAUAUACUCUGAGAAGCUGGGGAAAUGUUUUAGCCAUGGUCACUGAGAAAGUGUGUCCUUCAUACUGUUUGCUCACAGAGGACCUUAAACUCACAGCCAGGGGCCAGACGAAGAAACAAGCCAAACCGAAGAGAACCAAACAACAGAAGCAGGUCCCAGUUCUCUUCUCAACGGGGGGUAAUGUGUUCAAUGCACAAAACAAAAGAAGUGAGGCGGUAGGAGCAAUGGAGGUGCAGGGAGACGGCCGCUUGGAGGUGGACCUGCCUAUUGAUCAGGUUCAGGCCAAGAUAGUUGACGAGGAGUAUGUGGAUGAGAGUUAUUCUGAAAGCCCCUGCAAGGUCCUCCAUGAUUCAAACAGCUUGUUUCUGCAGAGCUCUUUGUCUGCUCCAGGAAAAAUUGAUGAAGCUAAAUAGAGGGAUGUGUCUUCCAGGCGCUGCAGAAGACGGUCACGGGUGUGCCAGCUUUUCAAGGGUGGGAUGUGA